AUGAGACGCGGUGGUGGCAGAACGAGAUGCGCACAACCGAGAUCCAAACAUGAGUCAUCGUCGUCGUCGUCGUCGUCGUUGGAUGAAUUUAAAACCCCACCAACAUCUGCGGGGGAUGUGACGCCUCCUCCAGUACGAAGGACAUGCAGGGGCGGCACCACGCGACGACAUCAAUAUAAAAAGGAUGACGACCAUUCAACAUCGGCUAGCUUGGAGCAACAGGGGCUACGGGCUCCCGCGAAUGCUCCCGUUACCGGUGGUGUAGUGCGUCGCAUGAGAUGGUCUCAAUCCAUCAAUGAGAGCGUCAUGCGUGCGUACUAUGGGGCGACAGAGGGGGAAACUAACCUCACUUCGUACCGAUCAAGGAUGCUGUCUAUGUUUCAGGCGCUUCAACCAACAAUGACCGUGACUGCCCAACGAUUGUCGGAUCAGGUGCGGGCUAUCCAGCGACGUCACCUGCUGGAUGAGGCUCAACUUGAGCGGCUGCGCUUAGCCUUACCACAGAUAAAUGCCAUCCGUAGCUUACCUCAGCAAACAGUGCAAACCAACAUCCAAGAGGAGUUACAGGAUGGUGUCGAUCUAGCAGUAAGUACUGACCAGGAUGAUGUGCUUUUGAGGAGUGCUUUGGAAGAUGCGAUUUUGAUGUAUAGGUAUAAACCUCUUCAUUUAAGACCAAAACUGCCUCGGUUGCCCAUACAUAGACGAAAUAUGGCGUUAGUGGGAGUUCUAGACCAGAUAUUAGGUGAAUACCUCAUAACAUCUGAGGACCUAAGUGAUACGCAUUCGAUUCUAUUCUGCGGAGCCGUUACGGCGUGUCGUAUUGCAGGUAUUAUAUUCCCUGAACCACGUACGACUCCGCAGCGGACAGAUCAAGCUCCAGCUUGGCGGAUCAGAAUUGAAAGGCGUAUCACACUGUCUAGAACUCUCAUUGCUAAGCUUAUCUGCUUCAGAGAGGGUAAUAAUCGCCCUAGAGUCAUGCGAUUUGUGAGCCAGGCUUUUGCUGGGAGUAACAUACAUCCGUCCCAGUACUUAGUCUGUGUUACAGAUCGCAUUGACUUCCUGAAGCAGAAAGUUUAUGCAUGGGCACAACGUAUCAGGCGAUACAAAGAACGUUAUGACCGAUACCAUCAGAAUAGUAUUUUUCAAAGAGACCAACGGAAAGUGUACAGGAACUGGGAACAAUCUGGUGCCAGUGUGCCAGAUGGGGAACCACCGACUUCCGAUGCUAUGUCAGACUUCUGGCGUAGUAUCUGGUCGGCCCCUGUAUGUCACACUAAUGGUAUUUGGAUGAACGUUGUCAGGGAAAAGUGUGCAGCGGUGGAACCAAUGAUUCCAAUUACUAUCACGGCGGAUAACGUAAGUUGUGCAAUUCGACUGGCAUCAAACUGGAACUGA